AUGUCUCCGCCUCGACCACCCCCUAAAGCGGCCGUAGAGCCUGGCACAGAGAUUGGUACGCUUGUCGUAGUCGUAGACAGAGCUCGCAAUCUGGUGGAUAAGCAGCGCAUCGGAAAGCAGUCUCCAUACGUUACACUACGCAUUCCAUCUUCUCCUGUCCCUACAAAGCGCACACAGACUAUCAACCGCGGUGGACAGGCCCCAGAGUGGGAUGCUGAGUUGCGCUUUCCUAUUAUGUCUGAGUUAGAGGACACCCUCGGCGUGAAAAGCAAUAACGGUAAAUCUAUGACAGUUGUAUGCUGGGCAGACGAUAGCAGAGAACCUACCAAAGUCGGCGAAGCUUUUGUCGAUCUCACACGUUCGCUCACCAAAGGCGAAGAUGAUUUGUGGGUGCCACUUACCCUCGACUCCAAAGAUGGUGGUAAAUAUCGCGGAGAAGUCCGUUUAGAGUUGACUUUCUUUUCUAAUGCUUCUCCUCCGCCAAAAAAAUACCCGACAAAGCCACCAGUCCAGACAGUUGCUACGCCUACAAAACCACCUCAGAAGCGACACCCGAGGAUGUCAGCGCCAGGUCCGGGCGCAGGAGCCAAGUUGGCCCACCCUGCUUCACUUAGGCCAGCACACCCACCACAGUCGUUGCGAGGUAGACAGUCUUUGUCAAAUAUGUCGCUCUACAGGCCAGACUACAUGGAUGGCGGCGUCGAAAGGAUUCCAGGGAAUGACAUCCGCGUACCAGGAAAUGAAAUACGCAUCCCAUCACCGUUGCCGUCUCCUCAGCCACAGCAUAUGGCAUAUCAGCCUCCAGUAAGCCCUGGUCCUGGCGUGGCGGGCAUAGACGCCGGAAUGGGUAAUGCCAUGGGUCGUCAGCCAUCACCUAAUCCAUACAUGAUGCAACAGCAAGCUGCAUACCAGGAAGAUCCAGUUGUUUACCAGGAGCAGCCACAGCAGCCAGUAUAUCAAGUUUCGCCGGGUCACUCCCCGAUACCACAGGUUACGCCUGUCCCACCGCCACGCACGUCACCAAUACCUCCGGUUGCGCAGGUACAAGUCGGUCAGCCAGUCGGCAACUCGCCGCCUGUGUAUAAUGCCUACACCCCCCAACAGGUGAGCCAACCGCCAGGACAAUCGCCAGUGUAUGCCCAAUUUGGGGGUAUGCAGGGCCCUCAGAUGCCUAUUGCCCAGACUGCUGCAGUACCAACGCCUCCUCAUAAUGGCUGGACGCAAUGGCAGAAUCCUGCUGACGUGCAAUAUGGUCAGCAAGGACCUCCUCAAUAUGGACAAACACCACCGCAAGGUCAACAAUUUGGACAGACACCACAAUUUGCUCAAACGCCAUUAGGAUUUGCACAACCUCCUCCACCAGCUCAGGCUCCUCAGCCAACACAAUCACGCCCACUACCAAAUGCCCCGGUCAUUCAGUCGCCAUUCCCGACUUACCCGCCACCACCACCUACAAUGGCCUACCCUAUGCAUCCGCAAUCAACAGCACAACAACCAAUGCCACCACAGCAGCCGAUGCCAAGUCAGCAACCUCCACAUAUGUACCCUAAUUAUCCACCGCCCCCAAUUUCUAGCAUUUACAACGGCUUCGGCAGCCCGCCGGCACCACCAAUUCAAACGCAUCCUAAUCAGCAUAUACAGCAGUAG